GUGGGGGACCACCUUCGCACGUCUCAAGGGCGCUGCAGGGUCGUUUCAGAGUAUAAAUAUACGGAUAUCUCCUCUAUAAUUCAUGCAGCCUUGCUCGUGGUGUACCUCUCCUCGUCCAUUUAUCAUGUUUCGUCUGGUACUUCUGGCGGCGGCGGUGGCGGCGGUGACGGCUUCGCCCACCAUCCCUCUGGCAGCCAAGGCGAUGUACAACCCGGACCUCUUCCAGGGUGACAUCAAGGGCAUCGCUGGACAGGAGCCUGGGCAUGAGAGGGCGGCCAUCCUUGGAUCGCAGUAUCUGUGGCCUGGCGGCGUGGUGCCUUACAUCUUCGGCAGUUCCAUCACCUCCUCUCAGCAAAGCGUUAUCCUACAAGCCAUGAAUGAAUUCCACACCAGGACUUGCAUUAGGUUCGUCCCAAGAACCAGCGAAGCAAAUUUCAUCGAGAUCGUAUCCAACGAUAACGGGUGCUGGUCCUACGUGGGCAAGAUCGGAGGCAUGCAGCGGGUCUCUCUUGACGUUAACGGUUGCAUCUACUUGGGCACAGCUAUCCACGAGCUAAUGCACGCCGUCGGCUUCUACCACGAGCACACUCGCAACGACCGUGACUCAUACCUCUACAUCUAUUACAACAACAUCAUCCCAGGCAUGGCGUACAACUUCGACAAGGACACCAGCUAUCAGUACGUGGGCGAGAGCUACAACUACGCCAGCAUCAUGCACUACGGCACGUACUCCUUCUCCGUGCAGUGGGGCGUGCUGCCUACUAUGGUGCCCACGGACACCAACGUUCAGCUUCACGAGCCCUGGGAGAAGUACUCCAUGGAACAAUCCGACGCCAACCAGAUCAAUAAUCUAUACAGCUGUUAGUGCCGCUGCUUCAUCAAACACCACACACUGGAAACUGAAAAAUGAAAAAAAAAAAGAACAAAUAUAUGAUAUAUGCUUCAACUCCAACAUAUGUACUUACGAUGAAUUACGGCCAAUAAAAAACAUUUUCAAUG